GAAAGAAAGUUAAUGAAGAUCACUCCGCUCUUCCUUUUGUUUGUGCCGUUCACACGUUAGCCGGCAGAGUCGGUGGAUGCGACGCUCGAUGAAGUUGUCGUGCACACGAUUUCACAUCUGGAUUCAAACAAAUAAUGAGGAAACAAAAAAACUGAGGCUUAUUUCUUUUCACAGCGAAUUAGUCAAUCAUCCAAUAAAAAGGGACGGACUCGUUUGCUUCCCCAAAGCAAAUGCUGCGCUUUACACACCGGCGGCUUCUCUUUGACAAGCUGAGUCAGACGAAGCUCGGCGCAGAGGUGCUGGCGAAAACUCGCAGUGAGAUGCGGCACCUCGAGCGUAAAGACAAUGCGCUCAUGCGCUUCAUGACACGGCGUCGUCCUGUUGACUACCUCGCGAUUGAGGUGGACGGCGCCAUCACGAAGGAGCUGCACUCCUCCUUUCGCUACGUCAAACACGGCCUCACGUGUCUUGUGUUCAUCCCCUUCCUUGUCGCGCUUCUCUCUGGCUCCCUGCAACCGACGUACUACCUCUUAGUGCCAACAGGGCUCGUGCCCUACGACCAUUACGUGCGGAUGUGGUCCUUUGGGAACUGGGCCAUCGUGAUGGCCGGACAGCUCUUCUUUGCCUUGGCGGUGUACGACUUGUCUGUGUACGUGCGCUACCCAUUCUUCGCCCACGUCUUAGCGCCGAUCUACCGCAAGAUGGGUUGGCUGCGGCCGCCUCCACCGGCCAGCAUGACGCUCGAACAACUCAAGAGCGGUGUGGCGCGGCAUGCACAGCCCCGUCCGCUGGGACGGCCGUUGGGGGAAGUUAAGAAAGAAAAGAAGAAGACACCGGCGGUCGGCGCAGAUCCCUUUGGUCGCGCCCCCCGUGCGUGA